AUGUUCAGCAGUAGCAAGAUCGCCGCCGUGUGCCUCGCCGUCGUGGCGCUAACCAACAGCGCGUAUGCUGAGAAGGAGGCCGCCCAGACGUUCGGACUGCUUGGCGCUGGUCUGCACGGUGGUGCGGGACUCUAUGGAGCUGGCGCUGCCGGUCUUCAUGGUGGAGCCGGCGUUGGUGCUGGUCUGUACGGUCGAGGUGCCGGCUAUGGUGGUGCUGGUGCUGGUCUGUACGGUCGAGGUGCUGGUGGCGUUGGUGCUGGGCUGUACGGUCGAGGUGCCGGAUAUGGUGGCGCUGGUGCUGGUCUGUACGGUCGAGGUGCUGGUGGCGUUGGUGCUGGGCUGUACGGUCGAGGCGCCGGAUAUGGUGGCGCUGGUGCUGGUCUGUUCGGUCGAGGUGGAAGCCCGGCUACGGAGGCGCUGGUGCUGGGGUCGGAGCUGGCGUUGGCGGCGCGGGCCUCGGUAACGGAUACGGCGGUGUUGGUGUCGGAGGAACUACGGGUGUCGGUGCCUGUGCCUGUGGUCGGAGUGUUGAGUCAUAACUUCCGUCGGUGCCGUGGGCGGGCGCCGGUCAGUAAUCCUGCUUUCGGCCGCUGGUGUGGGCGGGGCUACGAUCGGUGGGAGUGGCUCUCAAUGCUGGUGUCGGCGCGGGACGCCAAUGCUGGUGUCGGAGGUGGUGUCGGCGGAUCGGCCGGUGUCGGCGGAUCGGUCGGUGUGGGAGGAGCGGCAAGUACUGGUGCGGGUGGAGCUACGACAACGACGGACGGCAGAACUAGCACAUCUACGUCGCAGAACGGCGGGGCCAAGGCAACUGCAACUACCACGACUGCAGGCACGACCACCGGCACCGCCGGCACGGGUGCUUCGACGAAGCAGACAGGUUAUCGCAUGCUGCGGUCGCAGUGAGCCGAGGAAUAGUGUCUUGUUGACUACUUCUCCUGGCUACGUUGAUCAGCUCUUAGCUCAUCUCGCUCAAAGAGGCGAUCUGCCGAUAUCUGUGUAUAAUUUUUAAUACCGUCGUGUAGUAAGAAAAUAAAUGUGCUGUUGUUUCUCA